AUGGAUUCAUCUGGUUCUCAACAAAACUCAUCAGGAAAUACUGGUGGAAAUGUUAUUACAUUAAGUAACAAUGAUAUGAUGCAACAGAGAACAAGUCUCGGAAAUGGCCAACAGAUUAUUCUUAAAACAAGUGGAUCACCAACAUCAGGAUCAUUACCACAAGGACAAUUUCUUCAAACAUCUGAUGGUCAAUUAAUUAUAUUACAAAGUGCUGAACAAUCACAAUCACAACAACCACAAUAUGUACAAGUUGGUGGGCAAAUUUUACAAUUAAGUACGGUUCAAACAUCCUCACAACCACAAACAAUAACUAUUCCAGCUGGCGCUCUUCAACUUGGUGGAAAUGGACAACAGAUUGUACAGUUAUCAACACCAACGAAAAACCAAACGACACAACAAAAUGGAACUGUUAUUAUGAUGGUACCAGGAAAUUCAGGACAAUUACAAGCAGUUCAAAUGCAAACAACAUCAGCUUCAGCACAACAAACACAGACAACUGUUGCAUCUGAACCAACCGAAGAAGAACCAUUGUACGUGAAUGCUAAACAAUACAAUCGAAUAUUGAAAAGACGAGCUGCUCGUGCUAAACUUGAAGCUGAAGGACGAAUUCCACGUGAACGUAAACGUAAAUUCCUUCAUGAAUCCCGUCAUCGACAUGCAAUGAAUCGUGUUCGUGGUGCCGGUGGUCGUUUUGCUCCAGGAUCAAAACAAAAAGCGUAA